AUGUCCGACGAAGGCCCCUCCGGAUUGGCUGCGCUGCAAGCGGAAACGGAGCCGGUUCAAGACUCGGUUUAUUAUAUUCACGGCGGAGACUGCGUGAUUCGCGUGGAGGACACGUUGUUCAGGGUCCACCGCUACAUUCUGGGGCGCGACGACUCGGCGUUCCAGCACAUGUUCAGCAUGCCCGCUAUGAGCGGCGUGCCGUGGCAGGCUAUGGAGGGGUACUCUGACGAUAAUCCGAUACACCUGUACGGGGAGACGGCGGAGCGGUUCCGCGACCUUCUAGCGGUGUUCUACGCCUUGCCACACCAGCUGCAGGAAUACAACACGCCGGAGGGAAACGUCGACCGGCUCUUGACAAUUUGCGAGAUGACUAACAAAUAUCAUUUUGCGAGCACCGAAUCAUGGGCCGUCGACGCGCUCUACAACGUCGUUUCGGGUCUACACGGCCCACCGCAGCAACAACGUCACCCGUCGCAGUGUUCCUCCGCAUGGAUGAAACGACUGCUCGAAGUCGCCCUACUAUGUGGUCACGAGAAGCUGCGCACCCUCGUCGCGACGCGCUGGGUCAAUCGGAUCGUGACACGCGAUCUACGCCCUAUUCACGCGCUGGAGAUCGCAGCCCGAAGUGGCGAAGGGUCCCUGGCGGGCUACGCAUACUACACGCAACUGCUCGAAAUGGGACCCGGCUUCGACCCGGGCGUCGUCGAAGAUGGCAGGCAAUACGCCCGCCCGCGCAUAUCCCCUGCACUCGCUGCUGCCGGCGUGGCCGUAGCGGCGCCGAACAACGGGCCGAGGAUCGGGACGCCAGCCGUGCUUACGCGCGAGCAGAAGGCACGGCUGCUCGCAGGCCACUGGUCGCUGACGCGGCUCUGGGAGCGCGUACGCACGACGCCGCCGCCGUUCACGCGUCCGGACGGCUGCACGUACCACCAGCACGGAUGUCUCUCGACGUGGACGCAGGUGUGGGCGGACGUGGGCCGGUCGGAGCGGACGCUGCGGCUCGAGGCGGCGGACGUGCUCGGGCGGCUGGGCGCGAUGGAGGAGCAGCUGGUGUCGCACACGGUGCUGGGGGACGCGCUGUCGCCGCAGUGCAAGCGCGCGGCGCUGCUCGCGGUGAGGGCGACGAUGACGGAAGUGAAGGAGGGCUUGGCGGGGCACUUUUGCGAGCUCGCGUCCGACGUGCGCGCCGGGGUGCCCCGCGACGUUCCGGGGGAGGCGUGA